GUGCUGAGCUCUUCGCCUGUGUAAACUGGCUAUGCUCGCGUAGCCUCGUCGUAUAUAAGCCCGAGUGAUUGUCCUCUCUUCUCAUCAGCCAGCCACCCAGCCUCGGACACCAACAGCCAUCUUCACUACCCACCUCUUCCAGACCCGCAUAUCUCACGAUGCACGCUUUCACCCCCAUCGUCGCUCUUGUGUCCCUCGCUGCGUUCGCUGCUGCGAUCCGCAACCCCAACAACCCGGCGGACCCCAUCAACUGCCCGCCCAGCGGUGGUGCGGACCUGUGCUCCAAGGAGACGAAGUGCAAUAACCGCAUCCGCAUCAACUACGGUCAGACCGAGCAGGGCCACUACAUCUGGUACCUUAACAACUACGACCCGAACAACCUCCCACAGGGCAUUCAGAUUACCACCGACACCGUGUCGACGUGCUAGACACCGGGACACUGACGGCUGCUUGAUAUGACGAGUCAUGGGAGACGACCAGACACGAUUUUUCCGCUGCUGUCUAUUUAUCUUCUGAAGCUCAUUUAUGAAUCAUGACUUGAGAGUUAGCC